AUGGAAAGGAAUAAUGCUGGUUAUUGUGAAAAUUGUCCUAAAGGAUUUAUUUCUUCUGGAGAAGGUAAUUGUGUUCCUUGUCCUUCUGGAUCAAUUCCAAAUUAUGGAAUAUUUUUAACAAAUUGGGAUUCCCUUCCUUCAGGAAUUGAAUUAAAAAAAGAAUGUGAAUUCCUUUCAGCAGGUUUAAAAAAAGUAAAAAUUAAAAAGAAAAAUUUUCCUUUUAAAGAAAUUCCAAAUGAAUGUCCAGUUAAUCCAUCUUGGAUAUCUUAUGGAAAUAAAUUGGAAAGUGCUACAACUAGAAUGAGGGGGGUUGCUUUGGAAAUUAAUAUUAAAUUUAAAAAUGGAUUUUCUUCCCCUUUACAUACAGGGAAAAUAACUAAUGAAAAUCCUUUGGGUAAAAUAUCAAUGGAAGUUUCUCUUCAAUGUAAAGGAAAAUGUCAAUUUUAUAUUGUUCAGAAAAUAGAAAAAGAAACUUUACAACAAUUUAUUUUUCCUGAAAAAGAAGAAAAUCUUCAAUUAUUAAAAAUGUUAACUGGAAGUUUUACAAAUAAUUUACUUGUAUUUCCAAUUUUAAAUUCUUUUCCAAUUCAUUUAUUAAUUGCUUUUACGAGAACUAAUGCAAUUUUGGGGAAGGAUGAAAUUAAUGAUAAAGCAAUUAUACAUUCAAUAAAUAUUACAAAUAAUGGAGAUAUUAAUACUAAUUUUUGUAUUAAAUGUCCUAUUUAUGAAAAUGGAAAAUGUAAACCAUGUCCUUCUGGGGAAUAUUUUGAUAAAAAGAAAUGUACUCGUUGCCCUCCAAAUACAAUCCUUAACCAAACAGAAUCUAUUUAUUUAUUAUCAAAUAUUAAUUUAAAUAAUUCCAAUAAAAUUCCCUGUUCAAAAUGUCCAAAAUAUUUUCAAAAUUCUGAAGACGGACUUUUUUGUGAAUUUUCUGGUAAAUUUGAAUUGGAAGAGGAAGAUGGAAUUAAUUCAAAAAUUAAUUUUGAUUUAAGUUUAUUAAAAGGAAUUCCCCUUUCUGCAAAGGGAAUUAAAAUAUUUGCACGUGACGGACAAUCAUUUACUCAUAUUUUUAAUUUUUCUUUAUUUCCAAAUUACCCAAUUAAAUGUAAAGAUUCAAUUCCAACAAAAAGACAAAUAAAUAUUGAAGAAGAGGAAGAAGAGAAUAAUGCUUUAUUUUGUCGUUCUGCAGUUGUUCCUAUUUUUGGGAAAGAAACAAAUAAAAAAUUAACUCAACCAAAUACAAAAAGUCAACGUCCUUUGGAUAUACACUUCUUUUUUGAAUCAACAAAUAUUUUAAUUGAAUGUCCAAAUGGAACUAUGGCUGCUGUAACUGUUAGAUGUGAUCCAAGUAUUGUUACUAAACCUUUAGUUCGUUUAUCCCGUCAUUGUCCAGAUGGAACUUGUGAUGGUUGUCUUUAUCAUGCUAUUGUGGAAAGUGCUUUGGGUUGUCCUGUUUGUAAUGAAAAGGACUUUCAAACAAUUCGUGGAGAAUGCAUUAAUGAUAUUCAAAAAGUCCACACAAUCCCCUCUAAACAUUGUGUUAUUUCUGGCGCCCAAAGUCAUGAAAGAGAAGAACCUUGCCGAACAAUUCUUUCAUCAAAUCUUCGUUUAAUAUUAUCAUUAACAAUCAUUUUAAUUUUAAUUCUUUUAUUAAUUAUUUGUGCAAUUUAUAGAAGAAAUAAAACACUUGAAUAUCGUUAUAUGAGAUUAAUUGAAGGAAAAGAUAUGGAUAAUUCUGCAAGAAGUUGUGCUUUAAAUAAUAGUGAUCAAGAAGAUUCCGAAGAAGAAAAUAAUGAAGGAGAGGAAAUAAUUACUAAAUCUUCAAAAGCUCGAGUAUUUUUUAGUAAUAAAAAAUCAAAAAAGAAUAAAGAAAAAUAUGGAAAAUUAGAUGAAAGAACAGAAUUUAUUGUAGAAGAAGAUUCUGAUUAAACAAAAAUAAUUUUUAAGUUAUUUAAAAAAACAUAAUCGUAUAAUUUAAAUCGGUGCAAUUUUUUAGUUUUUUAUGUGAAGUUUUCCUUUAUUUUGAUAAAAUAUUUAUUUUGAAGGAAUGUUUUCUUUUUUGGAAUCUAUUUCACUAUUUUUGUCACCUAUUUUGGCUUUUUUACCUUUAUAGGUACCUAUUUUAGGGUUUUCACAACCUAAACAUCCUCUCCCUAACUAUUAAUUUUAGUAUUUUAGUUAUUUUAAUGAGAAAUAAGAUAGAAACUUUUUAGAUUGAAAGAACGAUUAUUUUAUAAUUUAUUAAGGCAUACAUACAAUACAAAUAGGCAUUACAACAUAUUUACAACAAAUCACAUCUAUAUUUAUCAAUUUAUAUAUAUAUUCAUCUAUUCCCAGACUUCUACAAACCAACUACAGUAUUUAGAUGAACGCUCCACAAUGCGCAUUCAAGGACGAAUAGUGAGUGAUGAGGGCCCUAACACUCGCAAAUCUGUUAAAAAAAUAUUCAAAAAACUAA